AUGUCGGGAAACACCGUGAGGGGGACGCCCAACCGCAACCAGGGCCGGGGAUCUAUCCCCUUCGCCAACAGCCCUGCGGCCGCGUCCAACAUUCCUCGUCCCGUGCUCGAUAGCCAGCCCAGCGAGACGAGCUCGUCGGUCAGCGCCAGCCGGCAGAAGCAGUCGAGACGCGAUGAGCUUCGCAAGGCUAUCCGCCGAAAGAUGGAAAGCGACCUCUCCAAGAAGAAGCAUCUCCCGAACCGCGCACGACAUACGCGCAAGGCGCCUCCGGGCACCGUCCUGGCCUUGAAGCCCAGCCAGGCGCUGCAGAUCAAGCCCGACACCACCGUCUCCGAGGCGGCCAAGCUCAUGGCGGCCAAGCGAGAGGACUGCGUUCUCGUGACGGACGACGACGACCGCAUCGCCGGCAUCUUCACCGCCAAGGAUCUUGCCUUUCGUGUCGUCGGUGCCGGUCAGAAGGCGGCCAACGUCACCAUCGCCGAGAUCAUGACCAAGAACCCGCUCUGCGCGCGGACCGACACCAGUGCGACGGAUGCCUUGGAUCUCAUGGUCCGCAAGGGCUUCCGCCACCUGCCCGUCAUGGACGAGAACCAGGACAUCUCGGGCGUGCUCGACAUCACCAAGUGCUUCUACGACGCCAUGGAGAAGCUCGAGCGCGCCUACUCGUCGUCGAGGAAGCUGUACGAUGCCCUGGAGGGCGUCCACUCGGAACUUGGCUCGACGCAACCGCAGCAAAUCAUCCAGUACGUCGAGGCUCUCCGCUCCAAGAUGUCCGGCCCGACGCUGGAGUCGGUCCUGAACGGCGUGCCCCCGACGACGGUGAGCGUGCGGACGUCGGUCAAGGAGGCGGCCGCCCUGAUGAAGGAGCACCACACAACGGCCGUCUUGGUGCAGGACGGAAGUGCCAUCACCGGCAUCUUCACGAGCAAGGACGUCGUCCUUCGCGUCAUCGCCCCCGGUCUCGACCCGGCCAACUGCAGCGUCGUUCGCGUCAUGACCCCGCACCCCGACUUUGCACCCAUGGACAUGACCAUCCAGGCGGCCCUUCGCAAGAUGCACGAUGGCCAUUAUCUGAACCUCCCCGUCAUGAACGACGGCGGCGAAAUCGUCGGCAUGGUCGACGUGCUGAAGCUUACCUACGCCACCCUGGAGCAGAUCAACACCAUGUCCAAUGACGGAGAGGGACCCGCGUGGAACAAAUUCUGGCUUUCCAUCGACCACGAGACCGAGUCCAUCAUGUCCGGCGACGGCAGCCAAAGUCACCACCACACGAACAUGAGCUCGAGGAUAAUGUCCCCCGACGUCACCCGUGAGCGCAUGGAUAGCGUCGCCCCGUGUGACUCCGCCUCUCACGUCGGCAACGGCUCUCCCCGCCAUUCCAUAGUUCCCGAGCCCCUGGAGCUCGUGAACCCGGCCGAGACGCCAUUUCCGUUCAAGUUCAAGGCCCCCUCGGGCCGCGUUCAUCGCAUGCAGGUCAUCGCAGCCCACGGCCUGGAUUCGUUUGUCGCCGCCGUGGCCGCCAAGUUGGGGAACGAGGUGGCCGCCGUCGGCGGAACCCCCGUCGUGGAAGAGGGCAAGAUCAGCGGCGCCGGCUUCGCCCUGAGUUACAUGGAUGACGAGGGUGACACCGUAUCCAUCACGACGGAUAACGACCUUCUCGAGUCCAUCAUUCUCGCUCGCCACCGCCGCUCCGAAAAGGUUGACCUCUUUGUGCACGACCCCGAGAAACCACCGGUGGCACCGGUGGCACCGAUGGCACCCGCCGAGGGUACGGCCCUCCCCACGCCGCCUACUUCGACGACCCCCGGCCUCCGCGAGCGCCGGAGAGCGUACGACGACGACGACGAUGAGGAGGAUGACGAGGAGGACGAGGAUGAUGAGUCUACCUUUCGCCGAUCACGCAGGAUGAGGGCCGCCCCCGUCCAGCAGCAGCUGAUUGCAGGCGUGCCGAACGAUCUCUUGCUGCCAGGCGCGAUCGUCACGCUCGCAGUGGUCAUUGUUGGCGUCUUCACCUUGGGGAGAGCGACCAGCCGGUAA